AAGUUCUCAAAAAUAUGAAAGGAUAAACACAAAUCCUGAGGUGUCCUGGCCGCUGAGUCCAGUUCGUCUCACAGUCCGCUUUGACUGAACACAAAGCAGUAGAGAUGUGAUCCCUCCGGUCACCAGUAGAUGGAGCUGUGUCAGCUUCGAGAAGCAGCCCGGCAGAACCGGUGGAGGCUCCUGGAAAUCAUGUUAAUCCUCUUAGCUCGUUCCUUAAGCCCUCACAGACCACACGCUGCACACACCUCAGCAGGACCGCAGGUCGCCAACAUGUACAAGAUGUACGACAGGAAGUGGGACGACGAGAGCGACGACGACAAGAACUCUCUCAACUCAUCUUUUUGGUCUGAUGGAGAGCGUCCUGAAGAGGAGGAGGAGGAGGAGGAGGUGGAGAUUGAGCCAGUGGCCAGAGAGGAAGACUCCAAACCUGCUGUCGAUGGACAGGACUCUCAGCUGGAGACUUCAGAGGAGGAAGAGCCUGAGCUGAAAGAGGACAACAUGAGCGGGGAGAGUUUGGAAGGUGGUAGUAAUGACGACGGCGAUGAAGAAGAAAGUCAUGGCAGCAGCUGUGACAGUCCAGCACCAAGUCUGAUGACCUCCGGCUACGGCACCUACAGACCAGAGGAGCAGGAGGGCGGAGACUACGUAGACGACCACACCGCAGUGGAGUUCGAUCAGGACAGUCGGGGAGAUCUGUCUGAGACGAGAGACAGCGAAGAGGACGAUCGUUCGCUUUGCAGCUUCAGCGGGUUUGACAUCAACCACACGGAGCCGGACUACGACGAGACCCGUCCGCUGAGCGUGUUACCGGACGCAGAGACUGGAGCUGAGGUGGCUGACUGUGGAGAUGAACGUCUGCAUGCAGAGGUGGACGUAUCGCACAGGAAAGCAGAAGAAGAAAAAGACCAAACUGACCAGGAGACAUUUGAACAUGAAAAUGAGACAAAUGCGACUUCAGAGGACAAACAACACGUCACUGUGGUUGAAGACAAACUCACAGCGGAUGAGAAGCAUUUGGAAGGUGGAGGUGAUGGAGCUGAAAGGGAAGAAGAAGAAGAGAAUAACAAGGAGAAAGCAGAGGAUCAGGACGAGUCUUCAAGCAACAUCAACUUUAUCGACUCCAAAGUGGAUUUCAGCCGGAUGACGCACAGCGACAUGUGUGAGCAGUGGGAGGGGAACCUCAGACAGAACAAAAUGGACGCGGCGAGCUGUCUGGAGGAACGACUGGCAGAGCUUCAUUUGUCCACGUCGGCUCAUCGCGACUUGGAGAUGGAGAACGAAGACGUGACGAGCGACAGCGACGGCCUGAGCUCGGAGACGGGGGACAUCUCCGUGAGCGCCUUCGAGUCCUACAUAAGAGGCAUGACUCGAGCUCAAAGUGACGUGGACUUCAGACCCAAACCCAAAUCCUUCAUCCGACCAGUGAUGAGUCAACAAACCCUUAAGAAGACGGAUCCAGUUGCCAAGUAUUUCCAGUAUAAACAACUCUGGGAAAUGUUCAAACUUCCAGGAGAGAAGGACCGCAGAGCUCUCCGCCUGGAGAUAAAGGAGCGACUUGCAUACCAGCCUCCACCACCUAAACCUCGGAGGGUCUACGUGCCGAACACCUACGUCGUGCCAACGGAGAAGAAGCGCUCAGCCCUCCGCUGGGAGAUCAGGAACGACUUGGCCAACGGCCUCCUACCUUACAAAUUCAGCUAUUGAUUUUAAGCCACAUGCCUUUUCAGAUACUUUUAAUAAAACUUUGUUCUUUUUUAAA